UCGCGGCCGCUUCCGGUCCAAGAACCCGGAACCGCCGCUGCUUAGGGAUGGAGGAAUACAAGGAUGCCCUGCAAAAUUAUCACAGGGACUGGAGCUCAGAAUUGGUGGCAGGUCCUACUCUGCGAAAGGCUGGAAGAAGCAGGUCCUGUUCACGGGAAAAAAAGGAGGGUUAUACUAAAGAUAUGGUGACGGACUUUGAUGAAAAACAUGAUGAGUAUUUAAUAUUGCUUCAGCAGAGAAAUCGGAUAUUAAAGCAUUUGAAAACCAAGGACCCCAUGCAACUAAGACUAGAGCACUUAGAACAAGGAUUUUCUGUUUAUGUUAAUGGAGCUAAUUCAGAGCUGAAAACCUCUCCAAGAAAGGCCAUUCUUCCAGAUUUCCCCAGAAGUGCUUCACAUGCAGAAGGGGCACAUGAUUCCGGAAGGAGACCUUUAUUUAGAGAAACAGAAGAAGCACUAAGACGUGGUUCACGGACAGCACCUUGCAAAGUUCAGCGCAAAGGAUGGCACCAGAAGUCUGUACAGAUUAGAACCGAAGCUGGACCUCGACUCUACCUUGACCCCCCUCCUGACUUUGCUGAGGAUUUUGAAAGAAACCAGCAUGUGAACAUCAAGACAAAGGAUAUUCCUAGGGAUUUUUCCCAGAAUCCCAGUUAUCCCACCAACAGCACUCCCUGUGAUUUUAAUUUUUCCCUUUUGAGUACACAUGGACAAUCAGACCCCCACUGCGAUGCAGACAAAGAAAGGAUACUCCUAACUAUUCAUGAUGUAAUGGAACUGAGAAAAAGCCUGGAGCUUAGUGUAAGUCUACAGAAAAAAGAAAAAGACUGUUCCAGUGAAGAUUGUGACUCUAUUGAAGAGGACUUAUUCACAGAACAGGUGCCAGAGGAUAAGACCCUAGACUCUUCUGGAGAUGACCUUCCACUUUCUGGAAGUGACUCUGUCAUGGAAGAAGCUCCCAAGGAUCAGGCGGUGAAGGAAUUCAAUACUGAAUGCUCAAACACACUCAUUGUACUGGAAUUGAAUCCAGCUUCCAAAAAUAAAAGGGAAAGAAAUCUGUCUGCCAAGCGCAAGGAGAAUGCUGAGCUCUUUAUUCCAACCAAGCCAGACACAGCCCAAGGUCGAGGAGAUCGCCAGCAAUGUGCUGCUUUACAGGACCCAGAGAAAUCCUGCUCUAGACCAGGAAGCCGAAAAGAAAGGCCCCUAUCUGCUACACGAAAGAACGUAUGUAAGGACGAAGACCCUGAAGAAGAUGCCUCAGCUGUCCUCAGAGCUAUACAAGUCGAAAAUGAAACCUUACAAAAGGAAAUCCUUAGCAGAAAGGCAGACACUCUGGCUAGCCAACUAAAGGAAGAGGAGGAUCCACCAGUGAGAUCUUGGACUAAUCUGAAGGAAGAGGAAGAAUUCCCUUUUACUGCCCUUGAUGUGCCUCCUCCUGACCUUUCCAUAGCCAGUGUUAUAUCUGAGCCAUCCAAAACUGCAGAGGGUACAAAUGCAGUCACGGAAGCAAUAGAAAGAAUUGGUCUUCUGGGAAGCAGGCAACAGAAGAAGCUUCUGAAAGUCCUUCAGGCGAUUGAAAAUGACCCUGCCCAUCUCAGUCAUGUAGGGCCUGAGGAACCUGUAUCAGAUCUUGAGAAUACAUUGAAAACCAAAGUAGAAGAGAUCAAAGAUGCUAUUUAUGUGACCAUGGAGAUCCUGUCCAACUGGGGAAAUGAGGUCUAUGUAGGUCUGACAGAAGUAGAAUUCUUUGACCUCAACAAUGAAAAGGUGUUUGUGUCACCUCAUGAUGUGGAUAUCCGAAAUACUGACAAGCCUGGGGACCUGAGCUGCCUCAUCAAUAGAAACCUGGCUAGUACUAAAGAGCUCUCUUUGUGGACCUGUCCUUUCCACCCUCCAGUUCAGCUUUUCUUUAUCAUCCGCAAUACUAGACAAUCCCAUGAAUUUGGCAUCUCCAAAAUCAAGCUUUGGAAUUACUGGACACCUUACAGUGAUCUUGACAUAGGUGCAAAAAAAGUGAAGCUUUAUGUCAAUGAAAACCUCGUAUUUGAUGGACAGUUAGAAAAAGGCAAUGGAGAGCUGGUUACUGAUUGUAGCACCAUACUUGACCUUAAAAAUGAUGGGCGGGAAAACUCUACGAACCGUAAUAUGGAGGACAGCAAAGACGUGUGCUGGACUGUUGGCAGAGAUGGUGACAAGGAAUUCAGUUUCGGUUAUUCACAGCCAGAUAGAACCUUAUCAGGUAUCUUUGGUGUAAAGAUGAACUCUACUAAUUGCACAAAGGACAAUUUGUCUAAGUUAGAGGAGGACUUGAAAGUGUUAUCUGCUCCUGUCUCCAUGGUUGAUGUACCAAGUGACCCUCCAGAAUCCUCUCUUGUGAAAUACCCUUCUGAUGAUGAACUUACUAUCACUGAGCAAUUAGAAAAACUCACAGGCAGAAAAGUGUCUCAGCCUCUUAGUAAAACCCCACCUUGGUUACAGUCUUCUUCCAAAACGAAAGAUAAGAAGCCAGAGGGCAGGAAACAGAAACCUCCUUGGCUGAGUCCAGAGGAGCCUCUUGAUUUGAAAGUCAAACUACAGUCAGAUGGCAUCACUAAUGAAUUUCCUGCAGAAAAUGAGGAAAAUGACAAAUGCCUGCAAUGGGAACAAGGACAAGCUGGUAGCCGUAAUGCCAUUGCAAGUGACAAGCCACAGGCAAGAACUGAGAAAGAGGCCACUGAUGACUUAGACAUUUUUGACCUACUUUCUAAUAAGGAUCACUAUGGCCCAGAGCGCCCUAUCAGCGGGAGGAGGAGUUCCAGAAAGGAUGCUUUCAACAGAGAUGGUGGAGAUGAAGGUCUGACCAAUAAAGAGGACACCAUUCCCGUCGUGUCUACAAAGAUGGCUCGAUCCAAGUGGCAUAGUGAACAAGAACACACUCUCCAAGAGUCCUGGAACUCCCUCACUGCCUUCAAUCGUUCUCACCGGGGUCGCAUAUCCAAUAUGGAAUUUCAGGGUGAUAUCUUUGAUGAAUUCCUGCAGCAGCAGAAGAUUAGUAGACAUGGGGAGCAGCCGAUGACAAAGGAAGGAAAGCAAGAAUUGUUAAAAGGGCAGGAAGAUAAUUCCAUGGAUACAGAUGAUGAGAAUGAUUUCAAAAUUCCAGUGUUGCCUCAUGGACAACACUUAGUUAUUGACAUCAAAUCAACCUGGGGAGACAGACACUAUGUUGGUCUUAAUGGAAUUGAAAUCUUUAGCUCCAAAGGAGAGCCUGUACAAAUUUCUAACAUAAAAGCUGAACCCCCUGAUAUUAACAUUUUACCAGUCUAUGGCAAAGAUCCUCGUGUAGUAACCAACCUAACUGAUGGUGUGCAUAGGACCCAAGACGAUAUGCAUCUUUGGCUGGCUCCAUUUACCCCUGGCAAAUCUCACUAUAUUUAUAUUGACUUUGUGCAGCCUUGCCAAGUUGCCAUGAUUAGAGUUUGGAAUUAUAAUAAAUCACGGAUACAUUCUUUUCGUGGAGUAAAAGACAUCAUGAUGUUAUUAGAUGAACAGUGCAUAUUUAAAGGAGAAAUUGCCAAGGCUUCAGGAACACUGACUGGAGCUCCAGAGCAUUUUGGAGAUACUAUAUUAUUCACAACUGAUGAUGACAUUCUCGAGGCCAUAUUCUGUGCUGAUGAGACAUUUGAUGUUGAUGUUGAAACCCUGUGCAAUCUGAGAUAUGAGGAAGAAUUCAAGAGACCACAGACAGCAGAUGGGGAGGGUGAUGAAAGGCCAUUCACCCAAGCUGGUGUACGUAUAGAUGAUCAGGCUCAAGAGCAAGAGUUGGUCUGCAGCCCUCCUCUGCUUGAGUUGACAACACCUGAGCCAGGAGUUUACAGUGGAAUGUGCCUUCAACUUAAUUUCACAGCCUCUUGGGGCGACAUGCAUUACCUCGGGCUGACAGGACUUGAAGUGGUAGGAAAAGACGGUCAGUCUUUGCCGAUUACAUUGGAUAACAUGUCUGCCUCACCCAGUGAUUUAAAUGACCUUCCUGAAUACACUGAUGAUUCCAGGACCUUGGAUAAGUUAAUAGAUGGGACUAACAUCACAGUGGAAGAUGAGCACAUGUGGCUGAUCCCCUUCUCUCCUGGGGAGGAUCACCUGAUCACAAUCUAUUUUGAUAAAGCUGAAAACAUUGUGGGGCUGCGCUUUUGGAACUAUAAUAAAUCUCCCGAGGACACCUAUCGAGGGGUCAAAGUAGUACACGUGCUGCUGGACGGCCAGCGUAUCUCCCCACCAUUGGGCUUCCUCAUCCGCAAAGGGCCCGGCCACUGUCACUUUGAUUUUGCUCAAGAAAUUCUCUUCGUUGACUAUUUGCAGCUCCAGACAGCGACAAGACCGUCACGGAGGACUAACUUAAAGAAUACAGAGCAAGCCAGCAUGGACUAUGAGGCCCCAUUGAUGCCAUGUGGCUUCAUCUUCCAGUUUCAACUUCUCACCAGCUGGGGAGAUCCAUAUUACAUCGGCCUGAAUGGACUGGAGCUAUAUAAUGAACAUGGAGAAAGAAUUCCUUUGACUGAAAACAACAUUGCCGCUUUCCCAGACAGUGUGAAUACCCUAGAGGGGGUAUGUGGAGAUGUCCGAACUCCAGACAAGCUCAUUGACCAAGUGAAUGACACCAGUGAUGGCAGACACAUGUGGCUGGCCCCAAUUCUCCCUGGCUUGGUGAAUCGGGUUUACGUGAUCUUUGAUCUGCCUACCACUGUGUCUAUGAUCAAAUUGUGGAAUUAUGCAAAAACUCCCCAUCGAGGAGUAAAGGAAUUUGGACUUCUUGUUGACGACUUGUUAGUGUACAAUGGAAUCCUGGACAUGGUCAGCCACGUGGUACAUGGCAUCCUGCCCACCUGUGAUCCCAUAGUCCCCUACCACACCAUUCUCUUUACAGAGGACGAGGAGAUCUGCCACCGAGAGAAGUACACCAUUAUCAGUAACCAUGUUGAGGAUCAGGAUGUCCGGAUGAUGAAUGAAAAUCAAAUUGUUACCAACUCCAAAAAGAAACAGACGACUGCUGACCCAGCUUUACGCCCCAAGACCUGCAUAAGCGAGAAAGAAGCAGUGAGGAGGAGAAGGUACUGACAGCUUGAGGAGUGAAAACAGCACGGUCUGGCCAACCCUUUGCUUUGACACCCCAGGACUCCCCCCAGCAGAGAUCCUUCCACUCGUGGGCCAGGGGAAGGUUUACUGAUGGAUGUUAAAUUCAGGGCAAGUGUUGCCCUCCCUUUGCAUUUGAGUCUGGUACUUUGCCAACUGGAAAUCCAGGAGAGAUGUGAACUGAGUUCCAGUUAACACCACCAAUCAAGACGGGGCUGGGAUAACAGUCAGCAUGGAUUGGAGUCUGUCUGGGGAUGGGGGAGAAGAGAUUCACAGGUUAAAUUGCUUGGGAAAAAAAAUACAGGCAUUGCUGUAUACAAACCUGGAGGACAAAGGGCCAUUUGAACUGUAUUUUUCUAAUGGAUUUUUGUUUUGUUUUGUUUUGUAUCACUUGCCGUUGUACCAAGUUCCACUCCCGCUGUCUCUGAGUCCUCUCCUGGGUACCUUGUCAGGCUCAGGCAGCUGCAGGAAAAGCCAGUUUAAAGUCUAUAAUGGGAAAUUGGCCUAGAGGGGAAAGAGCCUGUUGUAGAGAAGAAAGAACCAAUAUGAAGAGGAGAGCAUCUCCCCCCAGCAUGUGGUCUGGCCCUCGGAGUGUGAGCUCAGCAGUUACAGGAAAGAGGCUGGGGCCACAGCCAAGGGCCAGCCCACUGCUGGUGGAGACGCUCACAGCUGCUCGUUGUCCCCUCGUGGGGAGGGACUUGGGGGUUGCUGAGGGAAGCGUCCCUCCCUACUCUUCCUCCGAGGACCAGUGUGGGGAACAUCGUAUAAUCAGGUGGAGGACAUGAUCAUUAUUGGGAGACUUACUCACCUUUUCGCUAUUUGGUGGGACAGUUUGGGGGCAGAGAAUGGAACAUCUCAUGCUCAUAGCCGUGGAAAUUUUCACACAGACCACCUGUUUCAUGCAGACUCUCAUCCUCACACCAUUCUUCCCAAAUUCUUGGUGGAGGGGAUAGCUUCUAAAAAUGAGAAGCAUCUCCACACUUUCUGCGCAUGCACAUGUGUAUGCACUCAUACACACAUAUACACAAUUCUUGGGUCUUAACUAUCCCUUAACUCUCUGGGCCAGACUGAAACCCAAAGAAGGAAAGUGCCUAAUGUUAGAAAGGGAAAUUCCAUCCUUUUCUUUAAAGCAGUGGAAAGAGUCAAAUGGAAGAGAGCCUGGAGGCUGCCUGGGUGCCCAUAUCCCCCUGAACUUUGACCCAGUGAAUACAGACCAGCCGUGGCCUGAGGUGAGGAGAGGGCUGGAGGCCACAUUGGCUUUCCUGAGCCCAGUCCAGCUGUCUCCUUGAUGUAUGUCCAGAAAGAGGGUGCCACCUUGGCCCAUCACUGAAGAGGUUCCCCUGACACAGAAAUCCAGUAGAUUGAAUCAAAAGCAAAUUUCCUUAUCUCAAGAGGCAGCCCAAGGUUAGUGACAUUAUGUCCCUGGACAGGUGGGCUGAGAUCCCGGGAAGCUGCAGAUCAGCCGGUGAUGUUCUGCUUGGGGAACGAUAGAACACCUUGAAGUCAGAUUUCCUGGUGCAUGAAGGGCAAAUGUUUGCUUUCAGCACCUCCCUCAAGAAAUGGGAUAUUGCCAUCUCAUUUACUGUUUCCUUGGUCCCCUGACUUUGACCUGCAAAGGACUCACCCGCCAUGUUAUUUCCCAGCAAGCUCCCUGAAGGAUAAAACCAUAGGACUCUUUGGAAACAUUUAGACUAGGAGUAUCAGGUCUUUCCAAUAUAAUGUUUCCACCAGCCUCUAGUUACCAGCACAUUUAGAGCUACUCCUCCCCCUUUAUCCCCCCCUCCCCACUCCUGCAGUGGGAAACAAGUGAGCCUCAACCCCUGUGCCAUGAGCUGCUCAAAAUACAUCUACUUCCACCUGUAUACCAAGUUCUUAUCAGGGAACUAAUUGGUUUCCCAGUGGUGGGUAAUUUCUUGUUCCAAAUAUUAAUCUGUUGUUUUUCUGGCACCCAGCCCAGAGACAGCCCAUGUACUGUGAGUAUGUUACUAUGCAACAGAAAACCUGAACAAAUAUUUUACAAGAUUUGCAGAUUAAACGUAAGCAGCUAUGCAAAUGUGCUUUCCAUUUGUAACUUGUGGAUGAUAUUAAGAUCAGGACUUGCCCCUCCUAACUAAAAUUUAUCAUUUGCUCAGCUUUUAAAAAGCCCAGCUUCUCUGCUCCUGGUGAAUGCUCCCAAUAUGUGGGAUAGUAUAAGAACUGUCCUCCAUAGCCAAGCUCUUAUAAGAGGGAAAAGUAGAAAGAAGGUCAGAUGUAGCUCUUAGGUUAACAAUCCAAAACCCUGUUGUGAAUGUACAGGUGUAUGACAAAACUACAGAAAAAAAACACCCUAUGACCAGCCUAACACUUCAGUCAUUUGUGUGAGUCAGAAUUAUUGGUAUAAAUGUGCGCACACACACACACACACACACACACACACACACACACACACACACACACACACACUCUGUGUCUGCUGAUAUUACUAUAACUGUAUGGACCAUACAAGGCUAGAAAAGGAUUGUACAGACAUUCAACUUCAAAGAGAUAUACAUUAUUUUUUUCCCAAAGUCAAUAAAAUGUGUUC